AUGAUGAGUCAAUAUAUAACGCUAAUAUCAUCAGAUAAUUUUAAAUUUGUGGUGUUAAAACAAGUAGCUCAAAUAUCUUCAGUAUUAAGAAAUACUCAAGGAUUUAAAGAAGAUCAACAAGGUAAGAUUGAAUUAGAUAUGGAUGGUGAUAUAUUAGAAUGUAUUGUAGAAUAUUUAUAUUAUAAUUAUAAAUAUAAAGAUAGAACUACAGAAGGAGAUAUACCUGAAUUUAAAAUACCUACACAUUUAGCUUUAGAAUUAUUAGUUAAAGCUGAUUAUUUAGAUAUAUAA